GCUUAUGUGCCCUCUACUAUGGCCGCCACGCCUACCUCAGCCCUCAAGUCUUCCUUGAUUACAGCCGACCCCCUAUGGGGCCUUCCAGCUGUAGUGCCAACCAAGAAGAUGAAGAUGUCGACUACAGGCAGGAAGCUGCUAUUAAGAAGAUGAACCUUGUGAAAUCCCAGGAAUUCCGACAGGAGCUGAAAAUCCUGAACAGAGUCCACCACAAGCAUCUGGUUGAGUUAAUAGGAUUCUGCAAGGAGAACUUCCUCUUUCUGGUGUACGAGUAUUGUGAGCAAGGAACGCUAGCCAGUCACCUGCAUGCACCAGCAGCUUAUGGUGCAUUGACGUGGAUAACAAGAAUUCAGGCGGCCUCAGAUGCUGCUCAGGCUCUUGAAUACAUUCACGACCACACGCGCCCCACAUAUGUCCAUCGAGAUAUAAAGUCUAACAACAUCCUGUUGGACAAGAAUUUGCGUGCGAAGGUAGCAGACUUUGGACUUAUCAAACUCAUUGGCCAGGAUGAUGGGCAUGGACCUCUGACUACAAAGCUGGUGGGAACAUUUGGCUACAUGGCACCAGAGUAUGUGAAGUUUGGAGAUCUAUCACCAAAGAGUGAUGUUUACUCCUUUGGAGUUGUGCUUCUGGAGCUGUUGACGGGCCUGCAAGCUCUUAAUAUGAUGUCGACGCAAAGCUUUCCAACCUCCGGCUCCAGUUUCGAGCACCGAAAAGCUCUCACAGAUUUGGUUGUUCCCCUUAUCAAGGAGAUGAAAUCUGAUAAGGAGGUUGCUCCCAUUGUGGAUCCUCAACUCCGUGAUAAUUAUGCUGUUUCGGCAGCUUUUAAGCUUGCUCAUCUGGCCGCUCAGUGCUUAUCAGACAGUCCACAUGAACGCCCAGACAUGAAGCGGAUCGUUUACAUCUUGGAUGAAAUUCUGAAGCUUUCUCAGGAUGGCCCUGAAGCCUCUGAGACAUUGGAUAUGCAGAGCAUCACGGAUUCUCUUGCUCGAUAGCAACAUGGGGAUUGCCGCAUCAGUACAUGCUUAGUGUCAUCAAGAUGGUUGUGGCAUGUUGCAUCCACACACACACGCACACACACACACACACUCACACACACACACACACACACACACACACACACACACACACACACACACAGACUUAUAUGUCAACAGAACGUAUGUGUAGACACCACUGUGGAAGCCCGGGCCAUAUGCUGUCAUGAAGUCAUACUCAUCCUUCAAUGAUCCUUUUUACGGUUGGCAGGACAAUGUUUAUUGAUCACAGGCUUCGCAUUCUCAGCGAUCAGAUAAUUCAGUAGAAGCUUUCUUCAAUGGGAGGGAUACUCCUGUUGAGGUUAUAGAUGGUGCAGUGGGCAGACCAGGAUGUGUUCGCACUCCGCCACCAUGUGGAUUGAAUGAAGAAGAGGUUGCGUGGUUUCCUUGCCGGCCGGUCAUGCAUGUAAUGAAGCAGACCGUUCCUUGUGUGGUGGGCAGGACUGGAUGGCUCUCCCAUCGGUGGGUGAUCAGGUGAAUGCGGCACAAAAUACUGAGCAGCUAAGCAAAACUUUGGAGAUGAAAGUCGAUGACCAUUGAUUUAGUUCAGUAGCACAACUUUGGACAGGAAAAAGUUUUGCUUUGCCAUUUCUGACUGGCCCUUUGUUGAUGGCCUUCUGGUGUUUAUUCUUGGUAGCUUAUGUUGUGAGCGGAAUCUCGGAUUCAUUGCGGUAGUAGUGGCAGACGUGCUGGAUUACACUUGGGCUCAGAUGCAUGUCUGGUUUUUGGUGGGCGCCGCGGAUGCCGGGGCAAGACGAGAGAGUACAUACAUUUGUAUUUAGAUGUCUCAUAGAUGUGCAACCUUUUUCACAUUCAAGAUGUAAGGUGUGUUGACUGCGAUGGCGAUAGCUGCAUGUACACUAUUCUGGGGGCAUACGUAGCGAAUUCCUUUUUGUGAGUGGCGAUCCUGAGUUGCUGGAUGACUCAGAAGAGCACGACAAAAGGGGGCAUCUGCCUCUCCGUCACCUAGACUUUCUGAAAAGUCUGUGAACAUAUUCUGGAGUAACCUUCGCCCCCAAAAUACUCAAGAGUAUAUUAGGCAGAGCCUGUAGCAGCACAAACAGCUGGAGGUGUCCAAGGCAUGAGCAUGAACUGGGCAGCCUGCAUGCCUGCCUUCGACUUGGCACUUCUGGAGCCUAGUUGAGUUAAUCAUGCUCCUUUCCAUGUGUGACUAAGAAGGGGAAAGAUCUAAGGUCAUGCCUUCGCUGGACCGACGGAAGCACUACCAACAGGGGUGCGCUUGACGCUCUGUGGACAACUUCUGGCAGAUCAUACGACCAGAUUUGCAUGCCCUAGUCGGCUAGUAGCAUUAUUAAGGCCAUACAGUGCUUCGGUGUACAACGGCUGGGUUUACGUACAUAGCCCAUAAGAAGAGGUCACUCCCUGCGUACAUUACGAGAGAGAUUGCACUCUGGCGGCGCAGGGGCCAACCAUGAUGUACUCAUGCGCUUGGGACAGGGCUGUUGCUGCGAUAGCGUCAUCUCAAGUUUUGACGCAGCUUGCUGCCAUUGCGCAAUUCCUUAGUGGUGAAAAAAAAAAAAAUCAUUGCAAUGAUUUUUACGAAUGCUAUUUUAGCUAUUACAAUGUCUAUUACUAUGUUUUCAUUGGCAGGAAUACCUCCACUAGUGGUGAAAAGUUGAAAAUCAUUGCAAUGAUAGUUGUCAUUGGGAGUGGAGCAGGACGCACCAAUUGCGUUCAAGAUCUGAGCGAUCGGCGUUGAGAAGGCGAAGUUGGGGAGGGUGGGAAAAGUUUUGAAGGAAGGGCGACGAGCCCACACACAAACAAGGGGGGUUGGGGGGGCCUUGCAUGACUUUAAACUGUUACAUGGUUUUCUACACCGACUCCUUUCCGACGUCAUGAUUGAAUCUGUUUUUUAUUGUGGCUCUUCAUCUUGCAAUCAGACUCGUUCUCUUCUUCGCUCAGCAUACAUGAAAACAGAUGUCAACACACUGGCGCCAGGAGCCCACACAAGGCUCAAAGAUAUUACAACCGAGAACACAGUUCCAAUACAAACUUGCUUCGAACAGCUAUGGUGCCUGUGCGCCUUCACCCUUCCCUUCCAACAGUGUUGAGGAUACAAUCUUGAUAGUAUGGAUGAUGUUAUCUGACCUUUCCGCUAAAAGGGAAAGAAAAAGAAGAAAUGGAGAGUUAAGCGUUCAGGAACAAGCAUAGAAAUCGAUCGGAGAAUUACGUACAAUGAUACAGCACCAUUGUUUGCUCUAUCUUGCUCUGUGGAUGAUGUAAAUGACCCUGCAGUUUUUGUUAUCAUAAUAAUAAUGGUUAUCGGGCCUGUGGAGAGAUGUUGAGCAGAAUUGAAGUUAAGGAUGUGAAAUCACUGAGUCUGUUGAGAUUCCUAAGCCCGCCCUAGAUCUAACUGGAUCGGAGGCAGAACCAAGAUGUGUUGAUGAUUGAAGGAUGUGAAAUCUGAGUCUGUUCAUAAUGCUGGGACCACCCUGUUCAAGAUGCCCCUUUUAAAUUAAAAAAAAUAGAAAAAAAAAAAGGAAGCAAGAACGAGGGGGGGUGGUAAGGAUGGUGUGUAACAAAUUCUUCCUGAUGAG